AUACCCCUAAGCACGUUUUCAAUUUCUUUCCAGAUUUUUUGCUCUCUAUAAAACCCACCAUUCAUAUCCAUUCAAAACCUUCCUCACCUACCCUCUUAUCUCAACAUCAAUUUCCCCGAUCCUAAUUCGAUCUAGGUUUCUCUAAUAUCAAUUUUCCCUCCAUAAACCGUUAUCGAUCUAGUGUUUCUGAUUUGAUUCCCAAAACAACUUCAAUGUUUUUGGAAUUUCUAUGGUGAACCCUAUUCGACGCAUCCGUCUCCAGCAUUCAUUCUCCGUUGCGUUCCUCUAUUGGUUUUAUGUGUUUUCAUAAAUUUGAUAUCAUCUCCGUAAUCUGUCAGUCUUUUCCUCUUUUCUGAAAUUUUUCUAAUUAGAUCUGCACAAUUCUACAAUUUCCCCCAAUUUUGACAAAAUUAUCUAUUCAAAUUCGAAACUCCAAGCAAUGUCUUCUGGUCACCGCCGUGUCAGUUCAGGUUCAGACGGUGGAGAUCCACUCCUUCUCGAGGAGAAGAAGAGAAAGCGUAUGCAGUCGAACCGCGAAUCUGCGAAGCGGUCGAGAAUGAGGAAGCAGAAACAGGUUGAAGAUCUGACCGAAGAAGCAGGUAGAUUGAAAAGUGAGAACGCGGGUCUUAAGCAGAAAAUUAAGGCGGCCGUGGACGCUCGUACUGAAAUGGAGGCGGCAAACAAUGUUAUUAGGGCACAAACAAAGGAGCUUGAGGAUAGAUUGCAAUUCCUGAACUCUGUGGUGGAAAAGGCUGAAAAUGUUAAUGGUCGCUCUAAUGAUAUGUUUUCUGAUCCUCUUCUCAAGCCUUGGUUCAUACCUCAUUCCAAUUAUUCUCUCAUUGCUUCAAGUGAUAUGUCGAUGCAUUGAUCUCAAAUUUCUGCUGUUUUUAUGUAUGUUGUUUAAUGAGUGUGUUUUAUCAAAUUCUGUUUUUAUGUACUUUGUUUAAUUAGUGUGUUUUAUGUUUGGUUUGUCUCCUAGUAUGUGUCAUUGAAUAAAAGUUUUUGGUUUGUUUUAGAGAAGAUUCUUAUGUAAUGCACUUUUUUAAAUUAUAGUAAAAGUUAUUGUUAAUGUGAAUGCUAUUGGCAUGAA